UCCCAUUUUCUACGUGACCCAUGAAGGGAAGGCGGGAAAUUUGCAGGUAAAGAAGACUUCUGGCUUUCAUCAUUGAUCUUUUGCUUGUUUCUUGACCAGGGAAAUGAGGAUUCUAUGGAGCCAAUUCUUCGGUGCAGUAAGGAAACAAUUAAUAUAGGAAGAAGGAAGAAAUAAUCUCAAGGUGAUGCUCUUGCCGAUUGUUGACUUCACUUAAAGAUAAGAGAGGGGGAAAGUAGCACCAAGUAUCAGUAUUGCAAUUCAAUACCCAUAUGACUGACAUGGAGGAGAAAGAAUUUACAUGCCUGGAGUGUGGAAAGAGCUUCACUCGUAAUUCAGGUCUACGUGUGCAUCAAAGGACUCACACUGGGGAGAAACCCUAUAAAUGCUUGGAGUGUGGAAAGAGCUUCACUGAGAGUGGACAUCUAUGUAGACAUCAAAGAAUUCACACUGGGGAGAAACCCUAUAAAUGCGUAGAGUGUGGACAGAGUUUCUCUCGUAAAUCAGGUCUACGUUUGCAUGAAAGGACUCAUACUGGGGAGAAACCCUAUGCAUGCUUGGAGUGUGGACAGAGCUUCACUGAGAGUGGACAUCUACGUAGUCAUCAAAGAAUUCACACUGGGGAGAAACCCUAUGCAUGUCUGGAGUGUGGACAGAGCUUCACACAUAAUUCAGGUCUACGUGUGCAUCAAAGGUCUCACACUGGGGAGAAACCCUAUAAAUGCCUGGAGUGUGGAAAGAGCUUCACUGAGAGUGGACAUCUACAUACACAUCAUAGGACUCAUACUGGGGAGAAACCCUAUGCAUGCCUGGAGUGUGGACAGAGCUUCAGUGAGAAUGGAAGUCUACGUGUGCAUCGAAGGACUCACAUUGGGGAGAAACCCUAUGCAUGUCUGGAGUGUGGAAAGAGCUUCGCUGAGAGUGGACAUCUACGGAGACAUCAGAGAAUUCACACUGGGGAGAAACCCUAUGCAUGCUUGGAGUGUGGACAGAGCUUCACUGAGAGUGGACAUCUACGUAGACAUCAAAGAAUUCACACUGGGGAGAGACCCUAUAAAUGCCUGGAGUGUGCAAAGAGCUUCACUGAGAGUGGACAUCUACGUAAACAUCAAAGGACUCAUACUGGAGAGAAACCCUAUACAUGCCUGGAGUGUGGACAGAGCUUCAGUGAGAAAGGAAGUCUACGUGUGCAUCAAAGGAUUCACACUGGGGAGAAACCCUAUGCAUGCCUGGAGUGUGGAAAACGCUUCGCUCAUAAUUCAGGUCUACGUGUGCAUCAAAGGACUCACACUGGGGAGAAACCCUAUAAAUGCCAGGAUUGUGGACAGAGCUUCAGUAAGAAUGAAAGUCUACGUUUGCACCAGAAGACUCACACUGGGGAGAACCCCUAUGCAUGCUUGGAGUGUGGUAAGAGAUUCUCUCAUAAUUCAAGUCUACGUUUGCAUCAAAGGACUCAUCCUGGGAAGAAACCCCAUGCAUGCUUGGAGUGUGGAAAGAACUUCACUGGUAAUUCAGGUCUACGUGUGCAUCAAAGGACUCACACUGGGGAGAAACCCUAUAAAUGCUUAGAGUGUGGACAGAGCUUCACUGAGAGUGGACAUCUACGCAGACAUCAAAGAAUUCACAGUGGGGAGAAACCCUAUGCAUGCCUGGAGUGUGGACAGAGCUUCACUCGUAAUUCAGGUCUACGUAUGCAUCAAAGGACUCACAUUGGGUAGAAACCCUAUAAAUGCUUGGGGUGUGGUAAGAGAUUUUCUCAUAAUUCAAGUCUACGUUUGCAUCAAAGGACUCACAUUGGGGAGAAAGCUUAUACAUGCCUGGAGUGAGGGAAGGGUUUCUCUGAGAAUUGACUUCUACAUUCACAUAAAAUUACUCACUCCGGAGUGUAGAAAGACCUUCACUCAUAAUUCAGGUCUACAUUUGCACCAAAAGACUCUCACUGAGGAGAAACCCUAAUAAUGCCUGGAGUGGAUACAGCUUCACUCGUAAUUCAAGUUGACUUUUGCAUCAAAGGACUCAUACUGGGGAGAAACCCUAUGCAUGCCUAGAGGGUGGAAAGAGGUUCAUUCAUAAUUCAAGUCUAUUUUUGCAUCAAAGGAUCUACACUGGGAGAAACCCUAUGCUUCUAACACACCUCCCCUUGUGACUCAAGGCAGGUUACAGCAGAAUUAAAACACACUGUAAACGCUAUAAAAAAUCCAUAAAAUACAAAUACUAAACUGUAUUUCUGU